AAGAAAGUGAAACACAUUCCAGAUAUGAAGCCCACUGCUUUGAGAUUUUAUUCCAGCUAUAAUGUGACAGUUCGUGACAUCAGCAUUCUAAACAGUCCACAGUGUCAUCUGAAAUUUGACAACUCCGGCGGGGUUAAAAUUGACAAUAUCACCAUUUCUUCGCCGGAGAACAGCCCCAACACCGACGGCAUUCACCUGCAGAACACACAAGAUGUCGAAAUUCAACACUCCAACAUUGGCUGUGGAGAUGACUGUGUUUCCAUUCAGACUGGUUGCUCCAACAUUCACGUUCAUCAUAUCAACUGUGGCCCUGGACAUGGCAUUAGCUUGGGUGGACUUGGAAAAGAUAAAAGUGUUGCAUGUGUCUCCAAUAUUGUUGUCCAAAACAUCUCAAUUCAAAACGCUCUUUCAGGAGUGAGGAUCAAAACCUGGCAGGGAGGAGCCGGAUCAGUGAAGAAUGUAUCAUUUUCCAAUAUCCAAGUUUCUGAUGUGAAGGUUCCCAUCAUGAUAGACCAAUACUACUGCGACAAGUACAAAUGCAAGAACCAAACAGGAGCAGUUGCAAUUUCAGGUGUAACAUACGAUCAAAUCAUAGGGAGUUACACGGUUCAGCCCAUUCACUUGGCCUGCAGCAACCAAAUCCCAUGCAUAGACGUUGAUCUCAUUAAUAUCCAGCUGAGCCCAUCUUCAGAAUCCAGAGGAUUUCAAAGCUCCAUGUGCUGGAAUUCUUAUGGCAAAUCUCAGGCCCCCCUGGUUCCUUCAAGUAUGGAUUACUGCUUGAGAAGGGGCGGUGGUGGCGCUGUUCGCAGGAUUGCAAAGUCCCAUGAUCAUGCCUGUUACUGAAACCCUCUCUGUUUCUGUUUUCUCUGUCUAGCUUCCCUUCUGCAGAAAUUUUUGGAAAAUGUAGGAAGGUGAUGAUUUGAAAAGCAUUGUCGCUGUUUUGUUGGGUUUGGCGUUGACAUAUUGUAAUCAGAAAUUAUAUUGUGAAUCCAUCAGCAUCUCAUUUCCCAAUUGAUCCAAGCAAAGUGAAACUGAGGAGGCUAUAAAACUAAAAGUGACCCGAAAUUUUCUACCCAUCAGCCAAAAAUGUUCCUUUUUUGCUUUCCCAGAAAAGUUUGCGAAGUUGUAAUAAGUUGAAUUUGGGCCCUACUCUGUUCUAUUCUCUUUGCCUCUGGAAAAUUGGUUGGUGGAAAAGAAAGGGCAGAGAGAGAGAGAGAUUCAUGGCGGUGACAGUGGGGGAAAGCUUUUCAGGCGCGGCAUGGCUUUUAAUUUUACCUUAGUAAUUAAUGUAAAGAUAAUACAGGCUUUAUGACGACUGUUCUUCAGCGGCUUAUGUUUUUGCUCAUAAACGUUGGCCUCCACUAACACUGCCCUUUCCUUUACACGCAAUAUGCUAGUGCUCUGC